GAUUUCUUCAAAAAGGCAACUCGUAUCACUCGACACUUUGACUUCAACACCACUUCUCGCUUUCACUUGACCUUACUUUGAUUUCCUUUACUUUGAUUACCUUUACUUUACUCUGACUUUGAUUUGAUUUGAUUGGUGAAGAUGAGAUCGUAUAAUCAACUUAUCAAAUCUAGUAAAUCAUUUUCCACCAACUUAAACCCAUCAGCUACUGCUCUAGCUUUAGCAAACCCUCCUCGGAUCUCUGCAAGAGCUCCUACUAAGUAUGGUGGGAUCUAUACUGUGACUUUGAUUCCGGGUGAUGGAAUCGGUAAAGAAAUCACAAAUUCAGUUAAAGAAAUCUUUGAACAUACAAAUGCACCGAUUGAAUUUGAAGAAUUUAAUAUUUCAGGUGAAACGUCUCAAGAUGAAGCUAUCUUUAAAAGAUCAAUGGAAAGUUUAAGAAGAAACCGAGUUGGUUUAAAAGGUGUGCUUUAUACUCCAUCAGAUGAUAAAGGACAUCCAUCCUGGAACGUAGCCAUGCGACAACAACUAGACAUCUACGCGUCAAUCUCGUUAUGUAAAUCGGUCAAAGGCUACCCAACCCGACACGAGAAUGUAGAUUUUGCUAUUAUUCGAGAAAACACCGAAGGAGAAUAUUCAGGAUUAGAACAUGCAUCUGUACCUGGAGUCAUUGAAUCAUUAAAGAUCAUGACCCGAUCAAAGUGUGAACGGAUCGCUAGAUUCGCUUUCGAUUUCGCACUCAAGAAUAAUCGCAAACAUGUCACUUGUGUACAUAAAGCCAAUAUUAUGAAACUUGGGGAUGGAUUGUUUUUGAAUACUUGUAGACAAAUCGCUAAGGAGUAUGAGGCUGAUGGGAUCGGAUUUAAUGAUAUGAUUGUCGAUAAUACUUCGAUGCAAUUGGUGGCUAAACCUCAACAAUUUGAUGUUUUAGUGAUGCCUAACUUGUAUGGUGCUAUUGUGGCGAAUAUUGGAGCUGCUUUGGUGGGUGGACCUGGAAUCGUACCUGGAGCGAACAUUGGUCGAGAGUUUGCAUUGUUCGAACCAGGCUGUCGUCAUGUAGCCAAAGACAUCAUGGGUCAAGAUGUGGCCAAUCCGAUUGCCAUGAUCUUAUCAGCUACCAUGAUGUUGAGACAUUUAGGUUUAGAUUUUCAGGCUGACUCGAUUGCUAGAGCGGUUUAUGGGGUCAUUGAAGAAGGUCAAGUUAGAACUCCUGAUAUGGGUGGAAAGAGUCAUACUACGGAAAUGACCAAUGCUAUUAUUCAAAAAUUAGCUUAAAGAAUUUAGUGUGUGUGUGUGUUAUUUUUUUGAAUCACUUUGUUUACUUGAAUUGGAAAGAAUUUUUUUUUUCUUCAAAUGUUUAUAGAAUUUAGAAAUAAAUAAAGUAGAUGAAAGAUCAUGGUUUUUUUUUCCUUUUUUUACUUUGCUCAGAAUUUUCUUUUUUUGGUUUUUGUUGUUUUUUGAAGGUUUGAAGGGUUUUGGUUUUUUUUGAAAUUUUGAUUUAGAAAUAUUAGAAGGAAGGUGGUUUGGAUUAUAUUGAGCUUUUUGUGAAUUGAUUGGGAUCAUUCAUUGGUUUAAAGCAAGUUUGAAGUUUUAUUAUGAUUUCG